GUGACAACAUCGAUCUCUAUAAAUUAAUUGAUUCCAGUUAUAGGCUUUCAUCAUCUCCGAUCCAUUGUUAGAUAGAUAGCUAGCUACACCAACCCAGGGUUGUGCAGACACCGGUGCUUUGCAAAUCGAGGCGAUGAAUGUGAAGGUAGUGAAGAACCCUCGGGGGCAAGCCAACCAGCUGUUCAAAUCUGAAUCGAACAACAAGAGGAAACGCCCUCAUCCACCUGAAAACGACGAGGGGAAGAGAAACAGCCCCCCGUCGAAAACCCGGAAGAUUGAUGAGUCUGAUCUGUAUACGCCGACCAAAGACGAAACCAGAACCUGUCGUUCUCCUUCACCAUCAAUUCCUGAUUCUUGCAACAAGCAGAAGUCAAUUAACAGUCUGGUUUCCGAUGGAGGAGUUUCUCGGAAUAUAGAUUUUGACGAGGAGGCCGCCUCAGUUGAGAACAAACUGAUUCAACACUUGACGAAAUUAUCCGAAAUAAUGGAACCAAUCCUGAAAAGAACUGAUUCACCACCAGUCUUUGAUCUGCUUACAGAUCCUAAAUUUGCAGAUGCUUGUAUAGACGUUGCCAGGGGAAUGAAGCUGUUGAAAGGAGGGUUGACAACGAUCACUCGAGAGUUAUUAUGCGGAAGGAUGAAAAGUAAAUUAUAAUUAAGUUUAUUAUUUCGCUUGUUAUGUCGCUAGUUAAUUCCAAUAAGCUGACUUCAAUGAAUCCCAAAAUGCCUCAUUUUGGUUCAUAUGUUGAUCAUCAUCAAGUAGAGAAGAUUUUCAUUAUGUUGUGCAUGCUGGCUAGAUGUUAGCUAGCUCGAUCUAAAUUAAUGGUAACAUCUUAUCAUUGAUCUUAAGAAGAUUACCUGGGAUCUAUAGAUAGCUAGCAAGUAACACUACGUUGUCCCCUGCCCCUGAUAACUUUAGUUUUAUUUCAAUAAGGUGGUGUUUGGAUGGCAGCAUUAUAAGGUGGAUGUAUUAAGAGAUAAUGAGACUUUGAAAUUAUGAAGGGACAUAUGUUUGAGUAAUUAUUUUCUAAUGAAUGCAUUAAUGCCUAUUUACACAG